UGAGAAUUUUGAUUCUUUAAAACCUUAAAGACGAAGAGUCAGUCGUCCCCGCAGAGGCAAAAGAGGAAGAGACGGUCGUCGAAGCAGAGGCCCAAGGCGUGGAUCGUCUUACAUCGACGAAGAGAGGGCCGUCGACCGUCGCUUUCAGCUUUGACGAGACCGGCUUCCAGGCUCCAGCUUCCCUAUUCACGGAGAUACGAUCGGCUUUCAUAUCACGAUUCCAGGUGCAUGAGUCUUUGAGGAAAGUUGUUUGAUUGUUUCUGUUGUCACCAUCAUGUAUCUCGAUUAGAGGUACACAUUUGUUGGUGUUAAUAUACGAGCAUUUUAUGUUUCGAUUUCUUCAAACCUUACUCGUCAAUCCAAAAUGGAAAAUUGCAAAUUACCUACUGAUUUGUUGAUUAACAUUUUGGCAAGACUGCCGGUAAAGCCCCUGAUGCGAUUUAAGUCUGUUUCGAAAUAUUUCUAUGAUUUGAUAAAGAGCGAUCUUCACUUCAUGCACAAACACUAUGAAAUCAGCAAAACAAAACCGGAACAUGCCGUUAUAGAGUCUGGAAGUGAUAAAAGAAAAGUUGUAAACUUGCUUUACAAAGAAUCGGAGUUUUAUGCGAUUGGAUGUCGAAACCUAGACAUACCACUUUCAGUCUAUUUAGGAAUUUGGCAUGUUAAGUGUUUGUAUGGUAUGUUAUGUUUAAUUGUCGGCAGAGAAGAUCCAUUUUACCUUCAAUUCGGGAAGGAGUUAAUUUAUGACAUUGUGAUAUGGAAUCCAUCCACCAAGGAAAUCAAAUCCUUACCCCCUCUUAAGGUUCCUUUCAAACAUCCCCACAAUUCACCAAACGAACCACCCAUCAGGUUCGUUAUGAAUGAUGGAUUCGGUUUUGGGCUUUGUAAGAACAUGACUUGGAAGAUUGUUUGUGUCUGGAACUUUGAAUUUUAUAAGGAUAAUGUCUUCCACGGAAUCGUAAUGGUUGGUAGUCAAGUUGGUGAUUCGUGGUGUUGGAGGGAAAUUGAUGCAAAAAAUAUUACUGGUGUUGAUUUAUAUAUGAUUGAAGAUUUUUAUUUAAAAGGGAGAUAUUAUUGGCGGGUUAUGGUACAAUACCCAGCUCUGUCAACUUACGAUCGUGAGCGGCUUCUUUGGUUUGACAUGGAUGAUGAGAUUUUUGGGAUACUUGAGUUGCCAUCUCAUAUCGGAUGUGGUUUGGUUACACCUAUGAAUGAGACUAUUGCUUUUCUUGGUUAUCCAAUUUUGGCGAAUAAUUAUCAGAUUGAGAUUUGGUUGAUGCAUGAAGAUGACAAUCACCAUUUUAAUUGGCAUAAACAUACCAGCAUAGACUCUCGUCUCUAUCCUGAUGAACAUCCGAUAGGAAUUUGGAAUCACCAUUUGCUUCUAAUUCCACCAAUGCCACAAACUGACUCGUUUACACUCGAUGCAAAUUUUGUACCAUCUUUGAUUUCCUCUGAUUUGAUAACUGGGGAAAGGGAUAUUAUGUAUGUGACAGAAGAAAGGAAAAACAUAGACAUUGCUUAUAACUCAAGUGGGUGUGUUCGUGUGAACUUUGAGGGGAAUGUUCAAAUACCUCGAAAGUACAGAAUAUUUCACAUGGUGGGAACGUUUGUUCGAGUUUACCAUGAGAGUCUAUAUUUACCGUAAGAAGGCAUGAACAUUUAUCUUAUCUUCAUUUAUUUAUGUAUUUGCUUGUUUAACAUUGAAAUGUCAUCCUUAUUCAGUAGCGAGUAGUAUAUGUUUGAUUGAACGCAUACUCUUCCAUGUGUUACCCUUGACAUCAGUCAGCUCUAAUGCUUCAGAACUAUCUACAUACAAGAGUUGUAGACUCUAAUACCAUAUAAAAUAUGUUCUUGUGCGUUGUUACCAUCAGAUCUAUCAAAGCAAUUGGGGAGUUUAGGGGCCAAUCCGUAGCCUUGCCC